AUGGCUGAUGCUGAAAAGCUCAAUGUUGACAGCAUUAUAGCUCGACUUUUGGAAGGUUAGUUUCGCUUCGGCUGUUGGGUUCGGUCAAUCAGAAGUUAUCUGAGGACAGUUUUAACGCCGUUUCUUGUCUUUCAGUGCGAGGUUCAAGACCAGGAAAGAACGUCCAACUCACAGAGGCAGAGAUCCGAGGGCUAUGUAUAAAAUCCAGAGAGAUUUUUUUGAGCCAACCCAUCCUUCUAGAACUCGAAGCUCCUCUCAAAAUUUGCGGUGAGUACGCCUUCAAAAUGCCGGUGUUCCCGUCGUGAGCUUUUAUUCUGCGUAUUUGCGUGCAUUUCGAACAAAAUUUUAUCCUUUGUAUUUGAUUUGUUGUAGGAGACAUCCAUGGACAAUACUAUGAUCUGCUACGGUUGUUUGAGUAUGGCGGUUUUCCACCCGAGUCGAACUAUCUCUUCCUUGGUGAUUAUGUGGACCGUGGAAAACAGUCGUUGGAAACAAUAUGCCUGCUUUUAGCUUAUAAAAUCAAGUACCCCGAGAACUUCUUUCUCCUUCGUGGAAAUCACGAGUGUGCGAGUAUUAAUCGUAUUUAUGGAUUUUACGACGAAUGUAAGUAAACAUUUUCGAAUUCUCAACUAUUUGAAUCGCUGGAAAUUCAAUUGAAUUGCUGAUCGUUGCGUUCGCUUGCACGAGUUUCACGUUUAGAGCAUUACGUUUUGUAGUUAAAUUUUUCGGUACUUUUUUCUUACAGGUAAAAGAAGAUACAACAUAAAGUUGUGGAAAACGUUCACAGAUUGCUUCAACUGUCUCCCUGUGGCCGCGAUCUUGGACGAGAAAAUAUUUUGCUGUCAUGGAGGUGAGUUCUCUUAAAGGUUUGAAACUGGUUUUUGUCAAUAGUAACUUCUUGUCUUUGUUUAACGAAUACUCCAACUGGAGAACGCACGUGAAAGAGUAGAGAAGUAACUAGAAGCGACAGUGGUAUUUAGAAAUUUUUGUUGAUUUAUUUCCAGGCUUAUCUCCCGAUUUACAAUCCAUGGAACAAAUUCGGCGGAUAAUGCGACCAACUGAUGUCCCCGAUCAAGGUAAGCCGAUUUAAAUGUCGCAAAAAACCCGGCAUAAAUACAUUUUAGAGCUGGGUAGCUUACAGGAACGUGUUGCUGUAAACAUUUCCGCUUGAAUUCCAGUGACCUAUAUCGGUAUGUAGGUUACGUACUUUGGACUGUAUUGAAAAUGCAGCAGACUUUGUUGGUUAAUUGCCACAGUCAAUAUAUUUAUUUUAUGUGUUUAUCGCUUUAGUGAUUGAAGAAGUGAUGGAAAAUUACACAUGUUGAGUCUAAAGGUUACGAGUUCUUUAAUCGUGUUCUGGUUUUGCUCGAAAUUAACUAGAUUUGCCAUCAUUGUUUUGGACGAAUCUGAAUUAUUAAUGAUUAGUUGAAGACUUCUUGAAUUGCUGUUUUUCAUAUUUAAUACUUAAAAAAACGAUUGGAAAAUCAUGUCAUUUGGUCAAUUCAAUUUUUUUUGAUUAACUCAAGCUACCGAGCGAAAAAAUACCAACAAUUUUUCAAGCAUGACCAAUAAUACUUUGAUGUGGCUUUAAAUCUAGUGAAAAUUUGCAUGUUGUGAUUUAAUAUUUUUAUCAUACUAUUUUUUAUACUAGUUUUUAGUUAAGUUGAAUUAUUGUGAGCUGCCAUUUGAUGGAAGUUAAUUAUAAUGGGAAUAGCUGCGUGAAUUAACCUUAAAUUGUCAAGAACACUUCUUUUUGGAGGAGAUUGCAUAAUGGCAACUACCAGAUAAAAGGGAUUAGCUCCAUUAGAAAAUAAAUGCGCCACUGCAUUAUCUAGGAAUUAUACGUUAAAAAACAAGUUUUAUCCAUAAGAUUUGUAUAAGUCUCUGCUGCAGCAUAUGGUUAUUUUGUGCAGUAGUAUAUUACUGGUAACAGGAGAUGAAUAGUUUUAUCAGAUUUGCAGAAGCAAGGAUGUGGGUUCAAAAACAAAGCAAAGCUUGGUUUUCUAAACCUGAUUAAGUUUUAUGGUUAUCAGAUUAAACACCAUCUUAAGUAUUUCUGAAAUUAAUGAACUGUCUUGAUGAUAUUCACAUCAUGUAAGUGUUUUGGCAAUUAGGGUGGCAUUUCCAAACUUUUCUAGAGAAAUGAGUUUCUUGUAAUGUACAUGAUUUAUUUAUGAAUUGAAAGAUCCACAGAGGGUGUUUAAAGCUCUUUACAAAGGCCAUUAUUAAAGUAACUUAUGUUACCAUCUUCAGUUAAAUCAAAUUUUGCAUCACAAAAACUGUGUCAUAAAUUUUUGUGGGACACCAUCAAUAAGAAAUUAUUGAAGUAAUUUCAUUAGUUUAUAAUUAUAAUUAUAAUGUAGCUUAGACAGUGCUAAUUUGUUUGACGUGGUUUCUUCCAUUUCAUGCAGAGUAAUCUCAUUUGAUUUUGUCAAUUAGGGUUACUGUGUGACUUGCUAUGGUCUGACCCUGAUAAAGAAGUUCAAGGAUGGGGCGAGAAUGACAGGGGAGUGUCAUUCACAUUUGGUCCAGAUAUUGUCUCCAAAUUUCUAGCCAAGCAUGACUUGGAUCUUAUCUGCAGAGCCCAUCAGGUGAGGUUUAUAUCUGGGCCCAGUUGUUCAAAAGGUGUUGUUCACGGGAUAAAAAUCCAUCCAGUGGAUAACACAAUUGGUUUCUCAAAUACUUAUCCAGUGGCUAGGGCCAUCCAACAUUUGAACAAUCAGUGCCUGGCAAGCACUAUCCUCCAGACAUUCAACUAAAUUUGUUAUGGGGAGGGUAUGCUUUUCUCUUGUCUGAAUUUCAAAACCAUACAUUUCACUUGUUAGGGUCAUUUAUACAAGGAAAAAUAAAUUGCAUGUUACAGAAGACUUUUUAUAAUGCAAAAAUAACAUCUUAAAUAAGAUGUGACUUAGCUUAGAUGCACAUUAGGGCCAUUUAUACGAGGAAAAAUAAGACGCGUCUUAAAUAAGAUGCAAACUUUCCGUAUAAACGGCACAUUUCGUCUAAAAUAAGACGCGGCUUAGCUAAGACGUGUCUUAUUAGAUAAGACAUGCUCGUAUAAAUGGUACAGUUCGUGUCUUAUUUAAGACGCGUCUUAUUUUUCCUCGUAUAAAUGGCCCUAUUAUUUGCUGGUAUAAAUGAUUUAUUUGUAAGUCCUAUUUAAGAUACAUCCCCCUUUUCCUGUAUAAAUGGCUCUAUUUCAUAGUAAGCCAAUAAAAUAUGUCUGCAUAGUGACCAGUAAGUUAGCACUUGUUACCAAUAAGUGAGUCGGGACUGUUGAGGUGAGAGUCUUGAUCAUUAAGCAUGGAGUUAAUCAAAAACACUGGUAACUUACUUUUUCAUGUAAAUGGUACUUUAUGUCAGUGAAGUUAACUUUUCCAUAGUUUACAUAUCUCUGUGCAUGGCCAAGGACAACCAUGAAUAUUAUCCAUUGCAGUGCAUGUUCAAAGUACACAGACUGUAUGAUAGAUAAAAACUAUCAAACAUUGGGUGACUCGUAUAUUUCAAUAUGUGCUAAGCCCAUUGGGUUUUGUUGAACAAAUUUCUCUUAUUGUCUUAUGUUGGUAUAACAAGCAAGCUUAAUAAUUAUUGUUUUAAACAACAGGUUGUAGAAGAUGGUUACGAGUUCUUUGCCAAGCGGCAGUUAGUGACACUAUUUUCAGCACCUAAUUACUGUGGAGAAUUUGAUAAUGCAGGUGCCAUGAUGAGCGUCGAUGAAACACUUAUGUGUUCCUUUCAGGUGAAUAUUUUUUUGUUGUUUAGCUUUAGAAUCUUGCAUUAUGGUAAAAACUAAUGUACUUUGAAUGAUUACUGUCAGUUAUGUCUAUAAAAGAAUAAAAAAUUGUCAAACUAGAAAAUGAUUGUAUUUUGUGCAUUAUGAAUUCUGCUGGACAAGGAACUUGCUCUACUACUACUUUCCCCUUUUCCCUUUUUCAUCCUUACCGCAGGGAUCGAAAAAAGUCCUGUCCAGUAGUUUGGGACAAUUUGAUUUCAAUACUUAAAGCCCACUCGCUUAAUGGGCAAAGGGCAAGAUUCUGGGAAAGUUAUCCUUCAACCUAAACAGUACGUAAGGACAUGUUAGAAGAAUUCAAGUUUCUUCAAGCCCUUCCUGCCAAUGAACUAUUCUUACUCACCUUAAAAAAGUCCAGCAAUUUUUACUGUCAUGAUAGAAAUCAGUCUUAACUUUAAACUGAAGUCUGUCUAAUCAUUGUUGCAAUCAUCACUGCCAUAGCUGUCAACACUGAUCAGUUUUCCUCUUUUCAUAUAGUAAGUUCUUUUUUCAAGGAUCAUUGGAAUGGCAGUUAUCAUACAGAAACCAAACUUUAUUUAGGUUAUUUUGUAACCCAGUGCCAUUUUUCACAUAGUGUUUUGUUAAUGUCCACAGAUUCUAAAGCCUGCCGACAAGAAAAAGUUUCCAUACGGAGGUUUGAACUCUGGUCGUCCAGUAACACCACCAAGAGGACAACAAGGAAAAGGGAAAAAGAAAUGAUAUUUGUAUGAUACUAUCUUUUGCAGAGACUGUAAAAUAUUAUUGCCAUACAGUUUAGUUUAUUUUGUAGAGUAGCUGUAAAGAAAGUUGAUGAACUUCUCUUUUCAUAGUUUACAGAAAAAAAGCAUCCAUGUAAUUUUACCUGUUUUGAGUGCAGCAUGAUGUCAUUUAUGUGUUUUUGUUGUAUUUAAUCUUCUCUCAUUAAUUUUAUCUGUUUUGUAAAAUACUGUACUACCUCAUUCUAUAAUAUUUUUGCAAGUCUGACCAGUGGUGUUAAAGCAUCAUGGAAGAAAGCUGUGAAAUAUAGGCUAUAUUUUUUGCAAAAUUGAAAGCAUUGAUAUUUUAUUUUAUCCAAAACUAAAUUGCAAAAGUAAAGCUGCAAGAUGCAGGUCCAUCAAUUGAAAAAGUAUUUUAAACCACCGGUAUGCUACAAAAAUAUUGAGAAUGAGGGAGUUUUGUUGUAGACAUUAUGAUUAUCAUUAUUACACUGUAUCAUCAUCAUCAUUAUUAUUGCUUUGCCAGCUUUUAAAGCAUUUAAGGGGAGGGUCAAGCACGUACAUUGCAAAGAUGAUAUGGCACUUUGUUAGCUUCCUGUUGGGUUUAUUUUACUUUGAACCCUGUAAGCCCCAAGAUCCACAAACAAAUUCUCCAAACUGAUCUCUAUACAUUUCCUUACAGAAUUAGUUGGGAGAAAUUGAUAAAAGAUCAGAGAUUUUUCUCUUUGUGAUCAUUUGAUUAAUUCUCAUAGAUGUUGCACUUGACAAUCUAUGGAUAUUGUUAGAAAAUUAAUGUUGGUUACUAUUGGGACUUAAAGGGUUAAGGGACCCCAAUAAAAGUGACAUUUUCGUGGUAUUAACCCUUUAAGUCCCAAUAUCCAGAAACAAAUUCUCCCAACUGAUCUCUAUAUAUUUCCUUAAAGAAUGUGUUCAGAGAAUUUGAUGAAAGAUCAAAGCAGUUUCUUUUUGAUCAUUUUUAUAAUUCUCAUAACCUAAUCUCUUGACAAUGUAUAGGUAUCAUUAGGAGAAAAUUGAUGUCAGUCACCAUUGGGACUUAAAGGAUUAAUGAAGCAGUACAGUUGAACUUCUUGUGGUCACUUCUGUGAUAAAGACACAUUUAUUAUGGGCCAUUCUUUGUCCCACAGAUCUAUUUUUCACACUUAAUAAAAUGCAAACCUCACUUAUAAACAGGGGGGUUAUUUCUUGAAACUACUGGGCCUGAAAAGCAAAUAUUUCUAUCAAGAGUUUUCAUCCAAGUUUUGUAUGUUAAAGUUUUCAGAAGCCAAGUUAUAGCAGUACUCUACAGGUUUAAGUUGACUAAUGUGCCAGGCAGGUUUUUAGGGUAAAAUUCAAUUCUGCUUGUGUACAUACUUCUUGUAGAUUUGAUUUUAAAAUGUUUUGAUUUAGGCCUGAAAAGCUUUCAGGAGAAAGAAGUUUUCAACUGUAUUGGUUUCUGUUUAACCACUUGUAUAUUUUGUGUCCAUGUGAUGAUUUGUGCUAAAAGGGAUCAUUGUCACUCUUCCAAAAUCCUAGCUCCCCCACCACUACUUUUGGGGUUAAAGAAAAACACCUGUAGUUAACCGUAGAAAUGUAAAUUUUACAGUCAUUAAGAAAGAUGCAAGCAAAAGCUUUAACUGCAGGCACUUACACAAUAAAUUCUUCUUGUCUGCAUUUAAGGAGGCAGUGGUGGUAUUUGACAAGGAUAUGUGAGUGCGAGAAUGAAUAAUAUUCCUUCAGGAAGUAGUGUGAAAUUGCAUCACUGUUAGUCCAGCAUUUUGUACCAUGUACUUCUUCUUUUUCCAAACCUUCUCUGCACUGCUUUCUCUUUUACAUCUACUUUCGAAUUAAUGUUAUUUUACAAAUGUUUUAUGCAGUUUUGUUUGUACUUGGAAAUACCUGCAUUGCCUUCUAGCCAAUGACAUAAACAUUAUCUAAACAGAGAUGUAAAAUAUUUAAAUUUUACUGUCUUGAAAGGUUUAUCUCUUACUAUCAAACAGUUUUGCAGUUGCACUAUGCCACCUUUGGCUGAAAAUUUUAUCACCUACAAAAAUUGAACCACGUCAUCAUUGUAAUAUAAUGGCAAUUUUUACUGUCUUUUGUAACAAAGUACAAGAUAGUUUUGUGUAUCAUGGGGAAGUAUUUGAUUAAUUUGGUCUCUUUUUUAUUU